GCGCAGUUAUGGUCACCCUGGCACUAUUACAAAACGACAAGUGCUGAAAUGCAGCCGAAAUUAAAAGCCGGUGGGGGAUUAUUCUCUUAUUUUAAGACUGAAAAAGGCCGAAGGCUGGUGUUCUAUGGAGCGGGGGUCACCACAGUCGGACUGUUUGUGGGAAACUUUCUGCCGCACACGUUUGGCCUUAAGUAUUACCGGGAUUUCGUGCAAUGCUACCAGUGGACACGGAGUGGAGCGUGCUGUGCCGGAGGCAGUGCAGCAACGCCUAGAGAAGGCACUGGAUCAGUUGGGAUUGACGCCCUUUGAACGGAAGUUUGUGAAGCCCUUCACCGUCUUUGGAUUCGAUCUCUUCCAGGCGGGCACCACUAAGUUGCGAUUCGGAGGCGCCCUGGGCAUACCCGUGAACUAUGGCUACGGCAGUCCGGAGGAGAUCAAGCGGGCGGACAUCCGCUUCAGGGAUCAACAGAUCGACUGGAGCUCUCCCAGCGGAAAGCUUCUGGAGCAGGCGAUCGUUUUAAACGAGGAUGAACAGGUCUUUGGUCUGAGCAAGUCCGUGCUGCAGCUGCAAACUCAUCAAGUGCUACUCAACUCGAUCUUCCCUAGCGUCAGCUUCCUCAUGGUCUACACCAUGGGUACUUACCUGAACCUGCGCCUCAACCUCUUUGCCCGCCAUGGAAGCGUUCGUUUCGUCCUUUACAGCAUUCUGGGACUUUUUGGCGUGGGCCUUUGGUCCUUCAUGAAAGACUACAAUCAGGUGGCCACGGACGCUGAGAUCGACAAGCGGCUUGCCAGCAUGGGUCCCCAAUUCGUGGCCGCCGGAGCCGGCUUCUACGAUAAGCAUUUAAAAAAAAACAUUGCUCUAAGGGAUUUAAUUGGAGACAAUACCUACACCGCCUUGGGCAACGAGAACUACAUGCUUCGUCAGAAGUCCAUGCCGCUCACAGCCCGCAAAUCCUUCUUUCUAGAGAAGAUCGAGGAGCUAAAGAAGGCGCAAGAACAUGAGACACAAUAAACGGAUUCAUUGUUACGUUUUUAUUACCGAUUGAAAAAAAAAAAAAAAUGUCUAAGUAUUU